AAUGCACACCAAAAGUUGAUAUAAGAAGAAGAAGAAUAGACGGAAGACUACUACACUAUUUACACAUUUUAAGAUGAGAUGUGCGAAAUAAACCGCAUCGAAUGUGGAAUCCCCAGAAUUGCUUCCAGGACGUUCACGUUUGAAGACAGCAGGAAAGACACGCAGUUUGAAGACAGCAGGAAAGACACGCAGUUUGAAGACAGCAGGAAAGACACGCAGUUUGAAGACAGCAGGAAAGACACGCAGUUUGAAGACAGCAGGAAAGACACGCAGUUUGAAGACAGCAGGAAAGACACGCAGUUUGAAGACAGCAGGAAAGACACGCAGUUUGAAGACAGCAGGAAAGACACGCAGUUUGAAGACAGCAGGAAAGACACGCAGUUUGAAGACAGCAGGAAAGACACGCAGGAGCGACUGAGCGUGUUCAUACCGGAGGUGGUGGAUGCCCAGUACGGCACGUACGUGUGGCCCAGUGCGGUGGUGCUGGCUCAGUAUGUGUGGAGCAGAAGACUGGACCUGAAGGAGCAGACGGUGUUGGAGCUGGGUGCAGGAGUCAGUCUUCCAGGUGUGGUGGCGGCCAAGUGCGGUGCAAAGAUCAUCCUUUCUGACGACGCCAACACGUUGCUAUGGCAACACACCUGCAGACGCAGCUGUGAUGCCAACAACCUGCAUGAGGUGCUCACGCUGCCUCUCACCUGGGGGGACAUCUCAGCACACCUGGCCCUGCUUGCACCGCUCCACCUCAUCUUGGGAUCAGAUGUUUUCUACGAGCCUGCAGAUUUUGAAGACAUCCUGGUCACAGUUGUGUUUCUUCUGCAAAAGAACCCCACAGCUGAGUUUUGGAUGACGUAUCAGGAACGGAGGUAUGUCCAUGCAUCCUGGCUACGUUACCAGUGCAGACUGUGAACUGCUCAUCUGGUAUCAAAACCACAACACACAAGGC